GUCUUGUAGGUGGUGAAUUCAUCCAGCCAAGCUCAAACAACAACAACAACAACAACAACAACCCCAGCAGUGGCAAGAAGGGCCCUCCUGCCACCACCUACAUCACCAUCUUGUGGAUCGUCUUGGUCUCUCUGCUGCUGAUGACCACCGUCCUCUCCCUGGUUCUUCUGUUUGUCUGCAGGCACAACAGUCGAAAUACCGAGACAUAUACAUUCACACAUCCCCUGGGUUCCCAUUCAAUACUUUUAAACUCUUUUAGUGUCAGACCAUUACCUAACUUAUCUUAU